AUGUGGAGAUGUUUUUCUUGGUGGGGUCUCGGGCCUUUUAUUCGUCUCUAUGGUAGUGUCACAAGUGCAUCCUAUCAUAGGACGCUUAUUCGUUAUGCCAUUCCGAAGCUUCAGAACCAAUAUCUCAAUGGUAAUGGGAUAUUUCAACAUAACAGUGCCUCAGUUCAUAAAGGCAAAAUUGUCAAAAACUAUCUAGCUAAUAAACAUCUUGUUGAAAGUGAGAUAGACUGUGUCAAAGAGAUCGGUACAUUUGACUAUGGUCUUGAAGAGGUACUAGCUAGUAACAAAGUAAGGUCCACAAGAGUAGAAGGCAAACAGAAAAACAAGAGGAUACCUAUAACUCAAAGUGGGCUCCAAGUG